CUUACACUUCGCAACGAUUGCUUUCCUACUGGAAUGUUUAAAAUGAGAUUAAACUUCAUGUUCAAAUUGAUCAACAUGAGGAUCGCACAGGAAUAAAGAGCCUACGAAACGAAGACACUGCGCUUCUAUCACAGAAGUGACUCAUGCAGUUGGAAUCCGGCAGAACUUAUCUGAAGGACCAUGUCUGGCGCGGAGCAAAACGGCACGCCACUCUCCACCCGCGUCAAGCGAGGACGGCAGGGUGUUCGACCAACGAGGGCUGCGAUGAAGUCAGUGAUGGCGACGGCGAGAUGGAGAAGUUCGAAAUUCUGCAUCCGCGGCCUGUCAGAGUCCUGCGCAACAUGGAAGUGACUUCCGUCUGCAAUGGCCAUUGGUGGAUAAACGAUGACUUGCCAUGAUGCAAAGCUGUACGCAUCAUGAUGCAACAAUAACAAGUCUCGACAAGCAACGUCAAGUUAGCUUCGCGUGCAGCCACUGCAUCAUGCUGCGGCGAAAGAAGCUCGCCGUGAUCUCUAGACCAGAAUUGAAGAUUAUCGAUCCCGUCCCGCAUAUCUGCGAUGAAGAUGAAAACCCUUCUUUUGAUUCUGUCACUGUUCGACGGCUCAUUGAAGCUCGGCACCCACCUCUCCUGCCCCUCCGAGAUCUCCUUGUUAGCUCCCACGUCACCGAAGCCACAAUGAGGGCAUUCAAGACUCUGGAAAGGUUGAGUGACAUCCGUUUCCAAAUGAUCGAUCAACUUGAGGGUCAGAAGGAUGGGCCAUCAUCAGCCGAGGAGUUCUGCAAGCAAAUUUUCAACAGGAAACGAGGAGCAGUGCCGAAUCCCACUUCGCACAAGGAGUGCGGAGAAUGCCUACCAGGGUUCUACGCGGAGCCGGUGCAUGGCGGAGUCUUGGAGACUUGUGACAAAGAACCUGAUCGUACUUCAACCUUGCAAAAAUCGACAAGUUUUCCCCAGAAUGGCACUUCUGAAUGGGAUGGAGCCGUUCCGCUAGGUCCUGGAAAAGAGGAAUGCAUCAUCAUCACAAGUGAAAAGAAAAAAAGUAUGGUCUCAUGGACUCCCCAAAUCGCCAUCGCGAAUAACUGGAAAAUGCUAAUCGAAAACAUGGAUGUGGAGGCUGUGGAAAACUACCUCAUUGAGAAACGGCUGUUGGAUAUGUGCAAGAGGGAAGAACUCAACGAUGUGAAAGUGAAGGAGCGCCGAGAAGCUCUGUUGCAACUCGUUCGCAAGAGGGACUUCAACUUCUUCCACGGCUUUCUCCAUGGCCUUCAAGCUGCGCAGCAAGGCCAUCUAGCGGAGACUUUGGUAAAGGAAUGGAAGAGGGUUGUUGAACCUGUUUUCGACUCCAACUUCUUCCUCCUCCCCAAGUUGACAUCAGCACUGAAAGGGGCGCGAUUUGAAGACAAGUCGAUCAGGAACAACGUGGCAAGAGCGUUCAACGAAUUACGUUUAAGGACUAUGUAUCGGGAGCUUGGAGGGGCGUUGGACUAA